CUUUCAUAGCCUCUAAGGGGAGCUUGAGUUCGAUACGAGAGAGCCAAGAUCCAAGGCUGUGUGGAUAUCGUUGGGCCUUGUAAUUUGUUGGGCCGGAUGAGCUGGACAUUAAUAACUGAAUGAGGACCAGGGUUGAUGGCGGUGAAGCAGGAUCUGAUGUAAGCCGGUCUGGAGCCCUUUCAAAGGAAAUGUUUAAAUAAAACUCAUCUGCAACAGUCCGGUCAGCAAGACUUUCUCGAAAAAGAACCCAUCAUCUGCUUGUCUCUCUCCCCAGAUAACUUCCUUAACCUGAAAACCAGAUUGAACUGAUUAUUAGUUUAGAAAAACCUUUGCAAUUACAAUCGACAAAAUGGUCUACCAAUGGGAGGCUUGGACUCAGUACGGACAUGAUGCCGUCGUAGAAUACGAAGGGCACCUCUACAAAAUUGUCCAACCUCAUCAAUCCGAGCCAAACUGGCAACCACCUGUGGUUCCUGCCCUCUGGUCCAGAUUGCCAGAGGAAGCUCACCAUCAAUACCGGUCGGGUGAAGUUCAUCAUGGUGUCGAAGAACACCAUCGUCAGAACCAAGGCUUCGUAGACCAAUCCGGCGGUGGCGGUUAUGGCCAACAAAACAUGCCUCAACCUGGUGGAUGGGGCCAAGAAGAGCAUAAGGAGGGUAGAUAUGACCAACCAGAGGGUGAAAAGAAGGACGAAGGGUGGUUGGAUGAGACCAAGAAACAUAAGCUCGAGAUCGGGGGUGGUAUCCUAAGUGCACUCGCCAUCGGUGGCGGGGUUUAUGCUUACAGUAAGCAUAAGAACCAAGCCGUCGAAGAGUCCAAAAAGCAAGCCUGGAUCAAUGAAUCCAGCCGUGACAAAUGGCUUCAGGGUGCUCAUGCACACACCCAGCACUACUAUGCUGGUGGCCAAAGUCCGCCCGUUUUCUGGAUGCUUGUCAGUAAAAGCGACCCGAUUCCUAACAACGCUAUCGAAGGUGGUCGUGAGGGAGGCCACUCAUUGUACAUCGGUAGAACUUACUACAAAGGCGGUUUACAUGUUGGAAAAGUUUCGAACCACUUGGGCGGAUGUGUGAUCGGUUACGGUGGUAAAGAGCAUAAUGACUUUGACAAGUAUGAGAUCUUGUGUGGUGAUAAAAAUGCCGUCAAGUGGGUCAACCACUCUUCAGGCCAUGGUGUCAUUCAAGCUCAAGGAUGGCAGCCUGUUGAGGGAGGCCGAGAAGAAGAUGGAAGAUUUUUGUUCGUGUGUCAAGUUCUUCACGAAGGAGGCGUGCAUCCAUGCAAAGCCCAAGAUGGGACCGACUUUGCAAUCUUUUCUUAUGGAGGCAAGGAAAAAACCUCUCAAGAGUUCAACAUCUUAACCUACGCUUGAAGAAUGACUAUCAAAAGUGGAGUCAGCUUAAGUUCACUCAUGCCCCAAAAAAUCUGGCUGGCUGAUUUGUUAUAUUAGACCGGCAUUGUGGUCGCUAUUGUUGAAUUAUGAAUUGUAUUCCAUCCACAAAUCUAUGGCCCGAUCAAUGUUUUUUACCCCUGUAGAUUUAUAUGUCAAGGUGAUACAAGAAGCCUAAAAAAAUCUGAAUUGAAUGUUUCACCACGCAAUUCUCUAAAUUAACCAAGUUCCUCUUUCAUUUGAAAAGAUGGAAUAUGAGACCUGGUGCUGCCAUGCAGACCCCAAGCUUUCCAACAUAAUUGUGAUAGAGGUGCUUGUAAGCUGUCAAUAUGGCCAUGUGGACA